AUGUCGCACCGGGGCGUCCUCCAGCUAAAAAGCCUCGUCGUGCGCUACUGCCCCCACGGCGGCAGCUCGCGCGGCGCGCGCGAGUUCGUGCGCGACAAGUUCGCGGCCUUCGCCGAGGCCAACGCGUCCGUGGACUGCCGCGCCGAGCUCGGCCGCGGCAAGCACCCCGUCGUCAAAGGCGCGUACGUCUGGGGCGAGGACAAGGUCGCCGACGGCCGGAACCUGUCGGCGGCCGAGAUCCUGAAGGUCGCCGAGGGCCUGCGGAACACGUCCGGGCGCAAGAUGAAGCGCUUCGACAAGCCCGUGCUCUCCAUGACGCCGUCGAUCCAGGGGCCCGCGUCCGCGUCGCGGAAGCUCGGCGUCAAGCUGCGGUAG